GAGCUGACGGCGCUGCUCCAGACAGACGGGUGCUGAUUGGUCAGCGCACAGGCCUGAUGUGUAGCAGCUGCCGUCAUCCCCUCAGACGUGCUGGGGAUGCUGACUGUGGCGCUGAUACCCCUGCGCUGUGCUCUGGCUGGUGGGCUGCGGCUGCGUGGGCUCUGUGGACACAUCAGACAGACGGAUCCGUGGCUGGGAGCUGAAAUGAGAUAAGCGUCUUUUUCUCUCCGCCGAGGUGCUGCAGCGCCGCGCACGCAGGACGGACGUGGGCACUUUAUCACCGAAAACCUCCGCGUCCGGGGAUUAAACGUAUUUGUCUGCAGACUGUGCCGCCGGAAAGGUUCGCCUUCCGUUUGUACAUAAAGGUCACCCGGAGGAUGGUCCCGACGCUGCUCUCCAGAGGUGAUGUGAGUUGAAGCGGUGGGGAAGCCGCAGAGGAGCUGUCCGUCUGUCGAGGUGCUGAUGCGGCUGUGACAGAACCGAGCAUGGCUGCGGGGAAGUUACUGCUCUACGCCGGCCUCUCUCUUUCUCUUUGCGCCCUGGGCAUGCUGGCCGUGGCGAUGUGCUCCGACCACUGGUACGAGACAGACGCCAGACGGUACAGGGAGCGGUGCCGAAGCUUUUCCAGCCGCCGCAAGGACCCGGGCUUCAUCUACAUCCCCAACAACAGCCUACCGCUGCGGGCCAGCCGGAGCAGCGUGUCCCGAUGGCAAGAGAAGCUGCUUUUGGCCCGGAACAGACGGCAGCUGUUCGCCAUGAGCGCCGCAGAUGAAUGUAGUAGGCAGUAUAACUCCACCAACAUGGGGCUGUGGAGGAAAUGCCAUCGGCUGGCCUUCGACCACGAAAUCGAAGAGAGCAUCCGGAAAGGUUCCAUUACUCGGUGCUCCUACAUCAAGUAUCACUAUUCCUCAGCUACGAUACCCAAAAACCUCUCCUACAACAUCACCAAGACAAUAAGGCAGGACGAAUGGCACGCCCUCCACUUGCGGCGAAUGACAGCUGGUUUCAUGGGCAUGGCUGUGGCCAUCAUCCUGUUCGGCUGGGUCAUUGGUUUGCUGGGCUGCUGCUGGGACCGAGGCCUCAUGCAAUAUGUGGCCGGCCUCCUCUUCCUAAUGGGAG